ACUAUUUCUUCACAAUCCAUUCUCUCUAUACAACAGUUUCCUUUGAUCUUGAAUUUGGUGCUGAGUGAGAGAAUGGCAGGCGGACGACGAGCGUACACAGCGCUGUUUGCGGUUCUGUUGUUGGUUGUUUUGAUCGCGUUAGCGGAUGUAGCUGAGGCUAAGAACAGGCUUCCUCUUAGAGAGUGUAAGCCCAGAUGCAUAUACAGAUGCUCCGCAACAUCACACAAGAAGCCAUGCAUGUUCUUCUGCCAAAAGUGUUGUGCCACAUGCAGGUGUGUGCCACCAGGUGUUUACGGCAACAAACAGAAGUGUGCCUGCUACAACAACUGGAAGACUAAAGAAGGCAGACCCAAGUGUCCUUGAAAGAUCGGAGGGGUUUAACUGACAUUUUUAUAAGUUCAAGGGUCUAAUUGUGAAAGAAACAGUUUGUGUGUUGUUUUUCUUUGAAUUUGAAUAAACUGAAAGUGUACGGAUAACCAAGGGGCAUUUUAGUCAAAGUGUUAUCCAAGAUUUGUUGUUAUUAAUAUGUUUUUGUCAUUUCUGUAUUCGAACAUUUAUGUUUUUCAAAGUAAGUUAAUGUUUAAGUGAUUUUAUUAAUUUAAA